AUGCUUGAACGAGCCGAAGUGUGCGCUCCCAUCGGAUCCUUUGCGGAAGCCGAUGAACCAGUUUUCAUGGAACGAGAUGAAUGGGCUGUGCUGAAGAAGACGAUAAGAAAAGACCUGGGAACCUUGGAGAAGGCGAUGCAGUGCGAAGAAGUACCGCUACCACCCACAUGGUCUACUGAACAAAACCGAGUUCAGUACUCGCUGUGUGCAUCACUACUAGUGAACGACCAAGAGAAAUGCGUUCAUCCACCAAUUUGCGUCAUGAAAUUCCAACGGCGAUUCCUUUUUGGGGCAGUGCACACCACGAGUAAGCAUAUCAGUCCGCACAGAGCAUAA